UCAUAUCUUUCCUCACCAAUUGUGAAGUCCUAAAUAUACAUUACAUUAUCACCACCACCUAACUAGUUUUAUAUUUUUGCAAUGACUACAAUUAAGCCACUUUUAACUGACCUUGCUUGCACACUCAAUCAUGUACCCUCCAAUUUCAUUAGACCCAUUGAUGACCGUCCAAAUCUUGAAUUUCAAUCCUCCACCAAUGAUUCCAUUCCUAUCAUUGAUCUUCAUGGCCUAGAAGAUGAUGACUCAAAUCGUUGUCAAAUCAUCCAAAGUAUUGCACAAGCUUGCCAAAAUUAUGGCUUUUUCCAAAUUGUGAAUCAUGGGGUGCCAGAGGAGGUGGUAGAUAACAUGGUGAAUGUGUCAAAAGAAUUUUUCAAUUUGCCAGAGAGUGAGAGGAUGAAGAAUUACUCUGAUGAUCCAUUAAAGACAACAAGGCUUUCUACAAGUUUCAAUCUAAGGACUGAGAAUAUUUCCAAUUGGAGAGACUUCUUGAGACUUCAUUGCCAUCCUCUUGAGGAUUAUGUUCAUGAAUGGCCUUCCAACCCUCCUUCUUUCAGAGAGGAUGUAGCAGAAUAUAGCAAAGAAAUGAGAAAAUUAGCAUUGAGAUUGGUGGAGGCAAUAUCAGAAAGUUUGGGUUUGGAAAAAAAUUACAUAAAUAAAGCAAUAGGAAAACAUGGGCAGCACAUGGCUAUUAAUUACUACCCUCCAUGUCCUGAACCUGAAUUAACAUAUGGCUUGCCAGCACAUGCUGACCCAAAUGUCAUUACCAUUCUUUUGCAAAAUGAUGUUCCUGGCUUGCAAGUUCUUAAGGAUGCUAAAUGGGUAACUGUCUCCCCUGUUCCUAAUACCUUCAUUGUCAAUAUUGGUGAUCAAAUUCAGGUGAUAAGCAAUGAUAAGUACAAGAGUGUGCUGCAUCGAGCAUUGGUGAAUAGUGAGAAAGAAAGGAUGUCCAUUCCAACGUUCUACUGUCCAUCACCAGAUGCAAUUAUGAAACCAGCUCCUCAGCUCAUAAAUUCUGAUCAUCCUGCUCAAUACAUAGAUUUUACAUAUGAUGAUUACUACAAAACAUUCUGGAAUGGAGGACUUUCAAAACAAACAUGUCUUCACAUGUUCAAUGCUUAAAUUCUAGUUUCCAGAUAUGCAAGGUAAGAAAAUCGUUAUGCAACAAGAUUACUUAUGGGCUUCAACAUAAUGACUUUGUUUGGUGGGAUGUUGUCUCUUCUUAUCUUUUAGAAUUGUAUAACUAUAAUAAGUUAAAGUUUCUUGAUUAUCGUUUUUGUUGAUGUUUUUCAAGGGAUUAGACUUUUGUUUUUUUCUGCACUCUUUUUUCCUUAACCAAAAUUUUAUCCCUUUGAGUUUUUUUGGUAAGGUUUUUAAUGAGGCAGAUGUUAUUAAGCGCAUUGUUGUUUAUGUUAGAUUUUGGCGUAGUCCUACCAAUUAUUUUUGUAAUUUUUCUUUUUUCUUAUUAAAUAACUUUUUUA